AUGAGUCCCCGCUUCUCAGUUGACUCGAUUGCUCUGCUCUCCGUUUCGGACCUCGAGGAGGAAGACUUGAUCACACCCAGAAGAGCAACCGGCAGACGCCUUCCAUUCUUUAGGCAACUAUCAUUAGGGGCCAUUGUUUUCUACCCCAGGCGUUCUCUUUACUGUGGGAAUCGUCGCAUCCUUCCCCGUCGGCUUGGUGGCCUUGUCCGGCUGAUGAUAGGCUUCUUGAUCUUGUUGGUCGCUUUGACGGGCAUACUGUGGCCCUCGUAUACGCAUCUACCACCGCACUACCAGCUCCUCCACCAACAGGCCUCUAGAAGCGGCAUUACAGGGCGAGGGAACCCGCAUAAUGAGACAGUUUUCAUUGCAGCGAUCCUGUACGACCCGGAUGGUGAAGAAAACGUCUUCCUCAGCCUCUACGAGAAUGACAGUGGCAUUAGAGGUCGGAGUGCCCUUCGAGGUCUGGAGGGCCGACUGCCGUGCAACAGUUCCAUACAAAUUGAACUGGACCUGGACUUGACCGCAUUCCCGACAGUAACGAUCCCCGGGGGAGGGGAACGGGUGAAGCGAACAGACUACCUUGCAGAGAUGCGGAAUCGUGCCCUACGGCCACUGGAUGAGCAUCCAGAGAUUAUCUACGACAAGAUACUAUACCUGAACGACGUGAUAUUUGAUCCAAUUGACGUGCUUCAUCUUCUAUUCUCUACUAAUAUCGAUGAGAACGGGGUAGCCCAAUACCGGGCCGCAUGCGCAGUCGAUUUUAUCAAUGCGUUCAAGUUCUAUGAUACAUAUGCCACAAGAGACCUGGAAGGCUAUGGGAUUGGCCUCCAGUUCUUCCCCUGGUUUACUUCAGCGGGGUCAGGCUUGAGUCGUAAAGACGUGCUGGAAGGCAAAGAUGCUGUUCGGGUGCGCAGCUGCUGGGGUGGAAUGGUGGCCUUCGAUGCAAAGUACUUUCAACGACCCGACAACCCGGUUCGCUUUCGCGCCGAUCCCGAUUUGUUCUAUGAUGGAUCAGAAUGCUGCAUUAUUCACGCCGAUAUCCAAGAUCCACCAUUGGACCAUACAAAGACCGCAGACACGGGCAUUUACAUGAACCCGUUUGUGCGGGUAGCAUACGACGAGCGCAGCCACUCCUGGCUGUGGGUCACACGGCGAUUUGAGAAAUUAUACCCAAUUGUCCACAAUAUUGUCAACCAUCUGGCCGGUUUGCCUCGAUACAAUCCACGUCGGAGCGAAACUCCCGGCCAGGUGGUCAGGGAUACGGUCUGGGUGCCCGAUGCGACCGAUGCACGCGGGGGCGCAUUCCGUGAAGUGGACCGUGUCGCGGGGAAUGACGGAUUCUGCGCAGAUGGAUUUGGAGGAUAUCGGGGGCUUUCAGUGAUUGUGGAGAACCGGCAGCCUGGCCAGGAUGGCUGGGAGGAUAUUCCAGUGCCAUCAAUCUAG